UCAAACAGAAAUUUAAGUUAGUUGUAAAACGUUUGAUGAUUGAAAGGCAAUCUGCCACAUGCCAAAUGAAAGAAAUAUUUGAGUCUGGGCUCUACUUCGCUUGUGGUUGAUCCUCUAUUUAUUAUGCAACAGACGAACAAACAACGUGAUAUCUGAUAAACAGAAGCUUCUACAAAGAUAAUAUUACUUACUUACAAUUGUGAAACGAUGCACAAGAGCGUUUUCCUCUUGUCUUUGUUUACGAACAUGGCGAUGGAAAUUGAAUUUUCUGAGAAUGUUAAACCAACGAUAACCAAUUCCAGCAGUAAAAGUUGUGAUAUAAAUGUGUUUAUUAUCGAAAAAGAACUAGACGGAGAGUAUAUUGCCAUUAUUACUAUUGCAGCUGUUUGUCUUGUAGCUGGCUUUUUCUUAGGAUUUACAGGUUAUCGUUUCUUACGUAUAUCACUAUUCACUGAAUCAUUAGCAGUCAGUGCAUUUGCAACGUAUGCUGUUUGUAAGUUCUACUCUGGUUUGUUGUUCCCAAGCCUCCUUGGUGUUUCGCUUUUUGUCGGUGUUGUCUUUGCAGUGCUAGCAACUCUGGUCUCAAUAUGUGGAUUGUUUAUACUUGGAUUCAUCGGGGGCUUUUACUCCGCUCUUUUUAUCCUUGCUAUAUCACCUCUGGUCGUAAUCCCAUCCAAGUGGAUAGUGAUAACCAUAUUGGUUUUGCCUGGUUUGUUCUCUGCUUUGCUGAUUUUGAAGUUUCAAAAAUUCCUUGUUGUUUUAUCAACGUCAAUAAUGGGUGCUGCAUUAAUUUCAUUGGCAACAGAUUUCUUCUUUGAAGAAUUUCUCUUAGUGGAUUAUGCAUGGCAAAUAAUAACGGUUGACGACAAAAUUGAAUUAUGCUGGCUUUCAUGGACUAUAUUUGCUAUUUGGCCAUUACUAUUUGGUAUCGGUUCUUUCUUCCAAGUUAAAGUGACAGGAAGACAUGUUGAACACAAUGGAAAAGGAAAAAUCUCCCAACGUUUUCAAGGAAGUGAGAAAGCGAUAAAGCGAUAUCGUAACAUGAAUAAAAGUGGCGAUGUCAUCACUACGUCAUGGCUACGUGAUGGACGGCGAAAUCGUGAUGAAGAAGGACAAGAUCGAUUGAUCGAAGAUGUUACAAAUGUUUAGCUGGGUCAAAAUAUUAGUUUUAACAAACAAAUUUUAAAUUUGUUGUAAUACUUUUGUUGUAAUACAUAAUUCAUAUCUUGCUUAAAAAUGGCAAUUUGUUUGUUGUAGACACUAUCAGAACUAAUCUAGUCUACCUUUUACAUUACUAAUGUUUUGAACAUUAGCCGAUAUGAAAUAUCGAAAAGGCUCAUGAAAAUGACUCCCUUUCUAACUUUUGAAUGGUUAAUAACGAUGAAAGUCAAAUUUUCAUGUGGAAUUUACUGGUGUCAUCAUGAAUUGACAUUAUUUUUAAGAUGAUCGAAGAAAAUAGUUAUAUAGAAUUUUCAUCUGUUUAUAAGGGAAUAGAUUAGUUGAAAUUCCGCAGAAUUUUACUGCGAGGACUAAUUUAAUACAAUUAGUUUUGGAAAGUAUAAGCUUUAUCAAUGAUUUGAAAACCAAAUGCUCAAUACAAUAAUUUGAAGGAAAAAAUCUACUUCUCCGUUUGUUGAUGAAAACAUUAGCCAUCAUACAUUGCAAGUUUCCAUAUCUCUUUAUUGUUUUAUCGUUUUUUUUUUUGCCCGAAAGUGAAGAAUUAUUACUCAUCCAUGAUCCACAUUGUAA